UUUGCUUGCUACUAAGAAUAACCAGGCCUCUGAACUCUCUCUCGUCAAGUCUCACAGCCAAUUCGGACAUGGGAAACAGCUAAGAAGCUUGUGAGUGGUUAGCUUCACUCAAUCUUCCAGAAGCUCUGCCAUGUCUUCCUGAUUCCUCCUCACAGAUAUGGAAUUGUUUCAAGUGCUCCUUGAUCAACGCCAUGCAUUUCAUUGCAUCCAUCGCUAGAAAGAAUAAUGCUGUUGAAAAUGGAUCUAGUCUUUGCAGUUUUGGUCUUGGCUUGCUUACAGUCUUUUGUAUUGCCUGAUUCACAGGGAGUUGCACUGUUUUCAUUGCGGAAAUCUUUGAAUAUUUCACCCAAUCAGCUCAAGGACUGGAACGCCGACCAAAUCAAUCCAUGCAGUUGGUCCAAUGUGAAGUGUGACCGUAACAAUAAUAAUGUCGUUUCUGUAAUAUUGGCACAUAUUGGAUUUUCUGGCAUCUUGUCUCCUGAAUUAGGAGCCUUGAAAAAUCUUCAAACACUUUCAUUACAAGGAAAUGGCAUAACUGGUGAGAUACCAAAAGAGUUUGGAAAUCUGAUAAGUUUGUCCACCUUGAAUUUAGAAAACAAUAAUUUACAUGGUGAAAUACCAGCUUCCUUUGGCAAUCUGAAAAAUCUCCAUUUUUUGAAUUUGAAUAACAAUAAUCUGAGUGAUACAAUCCCAGCGUCACUUUCAAGUCUUUCAAACUUGAUUAGUCUUCAGCUUGCCUCUAAUGUUCUCAUGGGUCAAAUACCUGAGCAGCUGUUUAGUGUCAAAACAUACAAUUCAUUACAAGGAAAUGGCAUAACUGGUGAGAUACCAAAAGAGUUUGGAAAUCUGAUAAGUUUGUCCACCUUGAAUUUAGAAAACAAUAAUUUACAUGGUGAAAUACCAGCUUCCUUUGGCAAUCUGAAAAAUCUCCAAUUUUUGAAUUUGAGUAACAAUAAUCUGAGUGGUACAAUCCCAGAGUCACUUUCAAGUCUUUCAAACUUGAUUAGUCUUCAGCUUGCCUCUAAUGCUCUCAUGGGUCAAAUACCUGAGCAGCUGUUUAGUGUCAAAACAUACAAUUUUACAAGAAAUCACCUAAACUGUGGCGUGAUUCUCCCUCACCCUUGUGCAACUGAUAUUUAUGGUUCAGGCGCUAAAAGUAAGCCGAAGCUUGGAAUCAUAGUUGGACUUCUUGUGGGGCUUACCAUUUUAUUAUUACUUGGAGGUUUACUGUACUUUACCGGCAAGCGUAGACACAAAGGCUUCAAGCGUGAAGUUUUUGAGGAUGUUCCAGGUGACCAAAGGAUUGCAUUUGGCCAGUUAAUAAGAUUUUCAUGGAGGGAACUGCAGCUAGCAACAGACAACUUCAGUGAGAAACAUGUUCUAGGACAGGGAGGUUUUGGAAAAGUCUAUAAAGGAGUGCUAUCUGAUAACACAGAAGUUGCUGUUAAGCGUCUCACUGAUUAUGAGAGACCUGGGGGUGAUGCAGCUUUCCAGCGCGAAGUUGAAAUGAUAAGUGUAGCUGUUCACAGGAAUCUAUUAAGACUGAUCGGAUUUUGCACGACUCCAACAGAACGCCUUCUUGUGUAUCCCUUUAUGCAGAAUUUAAGUGUUGCCGAUCGGUUGCGAGAGAUUAAACCUGGUGAGCCCGUCUUAGAUUGGCCUACAAGAAGGCAGGUGGCAUUUGGCACAGCCCGUGGGUUAGAGUACCUGCACGAACAUUGUAAUCCUAAGAUUAUUCAUCGAGAUGUUAAGGCUGCUAAUGUAUUACUUGAUGAAGAUUUUGAAGCAGUUGUUGGCGACUUUGGCUUGGCAAAGUUGGUGGAUGUUAGAAAGACUAACGUGACAACUGAAGUUCGUGGCACAAUGGGUCACAUAGCACCUGAAUAUUUGUCCACUGGGAAGUCAUCAGAAAAGACGGAUGUUUUUGGCUAUGGGAUUAUGCUUUUAGAACUUGUAACAGGACAACGGACAGUUGAUUUUUCACGCUUGGAAGAAGAUGAUGAUCUUUUUUUGCUUGACCAUGUCAAAAAGCUGGAAAGGGAAAAGAGACUGGAUGCUAUUGUAGACAGAAAUUUGAAUGAUAGUUUCAACGUCCAAGAGGUAGAAAUGAUGAUCAAAGUUGCGCUUCUUUGUACGCAAGAAUCCCCUGAAGACCGCCCAUUAAUGUCGGGGGUGGUACGGAUGCUAGAAGGGGAUGGUCUGGCCGAGCGCUGGGAAGAAUGGCAGAAUGUUGAGGUUGCUCGUAGGCAACAGAAUGAAAGACUACAAAGGAGAUUUGACCAAGGAGAAGAUUCUGUAUGUAAUCAGGAUGCUAUUAAGUUAUUUGGUGAACGUUGAGGUAAUUAGUAAUUUUGUACUCGUUUCCUCUUACACUGUCAGCAUGUAGUAUUGUUUUUCGUACCGUAGUACUAAGUGGCUUAUGUAAGUUGUAUGAGAUCAAAGAGCCAACGAAGUGUUGAUCCUCAAUCUAUGAGUUAUUUGGGAUAAUGAGUUUUAAUGAAAUCAUGACAUGUAGCUUUUCAAA